AUGCGGUUACUUUUGUUUCUAUUGGUAUUUACAACUUAUUCUGUUAGUGCAGAUAACUUUUGUCCUGACGGAAAUGCAGCUUUUGCUAGUAAGUUUGAGAAAAUAUGGCAAUAGAGUAGCCGUAUUUGGCUGAACAUUCCAAAAUUUAAAGUUUUAUUCCAAGAUAAACCUAAUUUCAAUGUAAAACAAUGUCUUUAUACCUAUUUUUAAAUUAAAACCUUUAAAUUUAAAGUUUUUAUACAAUUUUUAUAUUGUUAUAAUUUUGUUUCAGCUUGUGAAGGUGUGUGCGACUUAGAUCCAGAGCUAAACUGCUUGGAAAUCUCAGGAACUUCAUAUUGUUGUAGGUUUUUACUACUUUUUCAAUUUUUAUUACUGAAAACGACUUUUUUUUGACUUUUUAUAAGCUGAGUUUAAAAAAACAUAAAGUUCUGCAUCUAAUAAACCAAAAAAUCAAAAUUUUCCCUACCUUAAUUAAGGCGAUGGAACGUUCCCUCCAACUACUCCAACGACACCUACCACCCCGACAACUCCCACGACCCCAACAACUCCUACCACACCGACUACACCAAACACAGAUUCUACACAAACUACACCAACCACUCCUACGACGCCUACUACUCCAACUACCCCUACUACACCAACAACCCCCACAACACCGACAACUCCAACAACACCGACAACUCCUACAGCACCAAAUCAAGGCUGUAGUGUUCAAACAGUUCCAGAUACAACUUCUGACUGCGCUAAGAAGAUCCAACUGUGCUCCAUUAAGGUGAGUUUUUCAAAUUAUAUUAUACUAGACGUCAAGGUGAAGAUAAACUGUUAUAACUUAACCUAAGUAGCUGCUAAUGCUGCGUCUCACAUUGAAAAAGCAACGCUUCACAUUUAGUUAACCCCGCAAAGCAAGUUAAGCCAUCAUCAUAAACAUAACAUUCAGUUUUUACAAAAUCUUAUUCUUUAGGCCUAUGAAAACCUAAUGUCCCAACUCUGUUCAACAACUUGUUGUUUAACCCCUCAAACCAAAGAACCAGCACAAGCUGCCCCAACUCAAGCUCCAGCAAACAACAAUCCAAGCUGUACCGACGUCUACACCAAUUGCCAAGAGAAAAAGAGCAUGUGCGGUGUUAAGGUAAGCCUAAAACCCAAAAAACGAAUAAAAACUUACAAAUACAAUUCCAGGCGUAUCAAAAGUUGAUGGAAAAAUACUGCCAGAACACGUGUGUUUGUAGCCGGCAAUAG